ACAAAACUAUCUAACAUUACUCUUCUCAUAAGGUACUUGCGCAAUCAUCGAAGGUGGCCUCGUUCUUUUCUCUCUCUUCAACCCGCAAGCUACCUCGCGUUCUGUUGCCUCGUUCGUCUUCAACCCUUGCUCCUCGUUCGUCCCUCUUCUCUCCGUCGGUCAUCUUCUUUCCCAUAUUCUUCCAGGCCAAACGAUUCAGCUAACCAAAAGUUGAGAUUCUAACCAAACUUUAGAGUUGCCAUUGCCAAUGCUCUAAUACAACUAUACAAGUGGUACCGCGUUGUUUUGCCUUGGGCCAAACGGUCCAAAGCAAACUUCAUGGCUGGGAAGGACGAGCUCGCCGACUCGCUUAACGACCUGUUCACCAGUGUCUCCACCAUGAUCAAAUCCGAGCUCCAAGGUACGAAUAAUCACCUGGAAUUGUUGGAGAAGAUGAAUCUGAGAGUGGCAGAAGAGUACAACGGCUUCGGGGACGUGGCCUCUGGGCUGAGAGUAUUUGUGGAGCAGUUGAAGAACAAGAGCAGCAGCUUCGACGAGUACGUCCAGCAGAUCAGUGAAAUAGAGAGGCAAGUGACAGAUUUUGAAGCUGUCAUCUCGAUGCUCGAUAAGUACGCGUCUUUGUUAGAAUCCAAAGUGCAAUCCCUCUACCAAAGCCCUCCCACCUCGUAAACUAAUCAACGUGUCUGUCUGCUUCGUAUUUCUUAUUUGAAAUCUUUGAUAACGGUUUAGUUGGUUCAUUGAAUUGUGUUUGUUGUAAAUGUGAUCCUGUUUGGUUAUUGGAACAGUAGAUUAUGGUUCUUUGCUUUUGUCGAACACCAAACUUAUUGGAGAUCCUGAAAUAUUUGUAUCUCUUCUAUACACGGAAAGAGCACCAGAUUCAUGAUUCAGCUUAUCA